CAGCCUCGUCCAUCUGAUAUAGGUAUUUAUAUUCUCUUGUAUUUCAACAUCGAAUUCCCUACCAAUGUCAACGCUUUUGAGGAUACAGUCAUGUGCUCGUACAAACCGACGAGAUGUGAUCUCUGCGAGCAAUGUUCUCAGAGGACUUAAGACAAUAUCACAGGGUCAUGAUUCUCAAAUACCCCAAUAUAUGAAUUUUCCUUCUACUAAACUCUGCUACCACUGGGACACUUUACCACCCACGGAAGCUCAACUUGUGCACGCAAAUGGAUUCUUCACCAAAAAGCCUCCCAAGCACUUAUGGUCUACAUCGCAAUUCUAUGCCAUGGAGUUUGGAGACAGCUCCGAAGUUUGUUUCUUAGGACGAUCAAAUUACAUACUGACACUGGCAUGUUGUAGGUUGGCAAAAUCAUCUCUUCUCAACGCUCUGAUGAACACCAAGGCAGCAUAUACCAGUUCGAAACCUGGGCGAACUCGGUCUAUGAAUGCAUUUGCGAUUGGAGGGCAUGAAGGGUCUGAAGAUAAUAGUGGGCGAUUAGUGGUACUGGAUAUGCCAGGAUAUGGACACGGUGGUAGACCUGAAUGGGGAAAAGAAAUCAUCAAAUAUUUGGAGAAGAGGAAACAGCUGAAACGAGCUUUCGUACUAAUUGAUGCCGAGCACGGAAUCAAGGAAAGUGAUCGUGUGAUGCUGCAAAUGUUGCGGGCACAGAAAGUACCCCAUCAAGUGGUGUUAUCAAAGAUUGAUAAGAUGUUGUUUGCUUCAAACACGAAGAAAAUCCCGAGCAGUGAUAAUUUGAAGAAUAGGAUGACCCGCCUAGACAAACUCUUGCAAGAGACAAGAGAAAUGAUCGAGCCGGAUCCAGAGUCUGAGGACGCUGAUUCUAUGACUGGAGAGAUACUAACAUGCACAUCUGAGAAAUGUGCUGGAAGGAAAUAUGGGCAUGAUGCGGUCAGAUUUGCAAUGCUAAGGGCUGCGGGUCUACACAUCCAACCAAAAAUCAAGCUAGCCAAGCAAGUGGAUAUCAUUUCGCACGAAGAACUAUUCGAGGGAUUGAAUACUGCAGACUGA